CUCUUUCAAUUUCUAGUAUAUAAAAAUAGGGGAAGCAUCAACCAUUAGAUGUAUAUGUAGUUUCUAUUUCUCUCUUGGAAAUGGCAAAACGCCUAAGCCACUCUUUCAUCCUCCUGGUUAUUAGUAUUACACUUCCAUGGAUUCUCGUAACAGCAAAUUAUGAUCCUAAAAAUUGGCUUAACCAUGGAGGAGAUUUACUGAAUAGAAGAUUUGCCUCCAAAGAGACCAAGAUUAGUCCACAAACCGUUCAUAAUUUGAGACUAAAGUGGAGAUUUGAAGCAGAAAGAGAUAUAACAGCAACCCCAGCAAUAUACAAUGGAGUUGUAUACUUUCCUAGUUGGGAUGGCUAUGUUUAUGCAGUCAAGGCUUCAGAUGGCUCUCUCGUGUGGAAGAAGUUCAUUCAAGAGCUCACUAGGAUUCCUUCACCGGGCAUCGUCGCCAACGUUAACGUGACCGUUGCAAGGGCAACACCCACAGUAGCUCCAGACCUGGGGCUACUGCUUGUUGGAGUUUAUGGACCAUCUUAUGUGCUUGGCCUAAGGAUUAAAGAUGGUUCAUUGGUUUGGAUGACUAGAUUGGAUCCGCAUAAUGAUAGUAUAAUCACCAUGUCUGGAACUUAUUAUAACAGGAAGUAUUAUGUGGGAGUGUCAUCAUUAGAAGAAGAAACUAGCAUAGAAGAAUGUUGUAACUUUCGAGGUAGCUUUGUAAAAUUGGACGCAAGAACUGGUGCCAUACUAUGGCAAACGUACAUGUUGCCAGACAAUCAUCAGCAACGUGGGGAGUAUGCUGGAGCAGCUAUAUGGGGAAGUAGCCCACCCAUCGAUGUGUCAAGAAACCUUAUUUACAUAGCUACUGGAAAUCUUUAUUCUGCCCCUCAACGAAUUAGGGAUUGUUCAGAGAGGGAAAACAAUCAAACUUUCCCAACAAAUACAAGCUUGUGUGUGGAACCUGAAAACCAUUCUAAUUCAUUCUUAGCCUUGGAAUUAGACACGGGUGACAUUAAAUGGUAUCAUCAAAUAGGAGGAUAUGAUGUUUGGUUCUUUGAAUGCAAUGAUAUUUCUGUUAGUCCAGAUUGCCCUCCAGGGCCUAACCCCGAUGCUGAUUUUGGUGAAGCACCCAUGCUAGUAACUAUUAUGAAUAAUAAUAAUAGGACCAAACGACCACAUGAUAUUGUUGUUGCAACACAAAAAAGUGGGUUUACUUGGGCUCUUGAUCGAGAUGAUGGAAACCUCGUUUGGAGUACGGAAGCUGGGCCAGGAGGUUUAGGAGGAGGAGGGAUUUGGGGAUCAGCCACAGAUAACAAAAGAAUUUAUACCAACAUUGCAAACACUGAUCAAAAAACUUUUAUCCUUAAUCCAUCUAAUGAAACCACAACAGCUGGUGGAUGGGUUGCAAUGGAUGCUUCAACCGGUAAGGUAUUAUGGUCUACAGGAAAUCCUAGUAAUGCCUCUAGCAACGGCCCUAUUACAGUGGCUAAUGGGGUCGUUUUUGCGGGAUCAAGCAAUAGUACAACGGGACCUAUUUAUGCCAUGGUUGCUGAAACUGGUAAUAUUAUUUGGUCAUUUGACACUGGAGCGACUAUCUACGGAGGUGUAUCAGUAAGUGAUGGAUGCAUUUAUGUUGGACAUGGCUAUAAAGUUGGGAUUGGAUCUUUUAAUCCUGCUUUCAGCACAGGAAUAACACUUUUUGCUUUUUGUGUGGAUUAACAAUAGUCUAACGUUAGAUUUGCAUCUCACAUGCCAUGUAAUAAUAUAAAAAAAAUACUUAAAAUAGUAAUUUACAAUACAGUAUCUGUUGUUGGCCCCAGAUGAUAUGAUUAUUUAUUUUAGUUAGUUUCCGAUUAGUUACCACAUAAACAAAUCCUAUGGGACUUCCGAUAAUUAGUAGAUUAUAAUUUUGCCA